GCAGUGCACGCCCUCAACAACGUCCUGCAGCGGCCCUGCUUCACCCGACAGGCGGCCGACGACAUCUGCAAGAGGUUGGCCCCCGAGGCUCGGCUCAACCCGCACCGCAGCCUUUUGGGGUCGGGGAAUUACGACGUCAACGUCAUCAUGGCGGCUCUGCACAGUGUGGGGAUGGCGGCCGUCUGGUGGGACAAGCGCCGGUCUGACCCCAAAUGCACCUUUUUUUCCCCAAAAUGCUCCGCCCCCAUAACCCGCUUCUGACCCCAUAAGGACCCUAUAACUACCCUGUACCCACAAGGACCCCAUAAAGGCCCUAUAAGCUCCCCAGACCCAAUAAAGACCCCAUAAGAA